ACGAAGGUGUAAGCAGUUUAAUUAAAAGUGCGUGUGCAGUGUGCCGGUGUUCGCAGAGGCGUGUGUGUGUUUUCUGGAGAACAGCGGCAGCCGGCAGGCCGUUUUGGCUCCAGUUCCAACUCCAGUCAGUCUGCCUCCUCAGUCUGCGCAGUCAACCGCCAGCAGCGCCACUGGGUGCAGGAAUAUCCCGAUGAAAGACCGGACUCCACGGAGAAACAGAUGUUGCUGCCAUGUACAACACUUGCAUCCAAAGGAGACCAGAAACCCAUCUGACUGAAGACCUUUUACCAACUUUCAGCUCGCCUCCAAGACUCAAGUCCAACAUCAACCGCUGCUGCAGCCCACCCACCGAGACCCUCCACUCAUCCAGAGACACUUUCCUCUCGCACGACUGGCUUUAUUUUUGGUUCAUUCACAAAUGUCUACCUCACGAUUAAAAGACUACACGCCGAAUCUGCAACCCUGAACAGGUUACAAAAUGACCUCAAGCAUUAACCGAGAUGACAGCAGCAUUUUUGAUGGGUUAAUGGAAGAAGAUGAAAAGGACAAAGCCAAACGUGAGUCCCGUAACAAGUCUGAGAAGAAGCGCCGAGAUCAGUUCAAUGUCCUCAUUAAGGAGCUGGGCACCAUGUUGCCAGGCAACACCCGCAAGAUGGACAAGUCCACUAUCUUGCAGAAAAGCAUCGACUUCCUGCACAAACACAAAGAAAUCGCUGCUCAGUCAGAAUCAACAGAGAUCAGACAAGACUGGAAGCCUCCAUUUCUUAGUAAUGAAGAGUUCACUCAGCUGAUGCUGGAGGCCCUGGAUGGGUUUUUCCUCGCUAUAAUGACCGACGGGAACAUAAUCUACGUUUCGGAGAACGUGACAUCUCUUCUCGAACACUUACCUUCUGAUCUUGUGGAUCAGAACCUUUUAAACUUUCUGCCCUCGGGGGAGCACUCUGACGUGUACAAGGCUCUGUCCUCACAUGUCACAGAGGGAGAGUCUCUAACGCCAGAGUAUCUGAAAACAAAGAAUCAGCUUGAGUUCUGUUGCCAUAUGCUUCGAGGGACAAUCGACCCCAAGGAGCCUCCCGUGUAUGAAUUUGUCAAAUUCAUAGGAAACUUUAAAUCCCUGAAUAAUGUGCCUAACUGUAACAGAAACGGUUUUGACGGGGUGAUCCAGCGAUCGCUUCACGCUACAUUUGAGGACAGAGUGUGCCUGAUUGCGACUGUAAGGCUGGCCAAACCACAGUUCCUCAAGGAGAUGUGCACUGUUGAGGAGCCUAAUGAAGAAUUCACUUCCAGGCAUAGCUUAGAGUGGAAAUUUCUCUUCUUGGACCACAGAGCCCCCCCCAUCAUCGGAUACCUCCCAUUCGAAGUCCUGGGUACUUCAGGUUAUGACUACUACCACGUAGACGACCUGGAGACGCUGGCCAAAUGUCACGAACACUUGAUGCAAUAUGGGAAAGGCAAGUCGUGCUACUACAGGUUCCUCACCAAAGGGCAGCAGUGGAUUUGGCUGCAGACCCAUUACUACAUCACAUACCAUCAGUGGAACUCCAGGCCUGAGUUUAUCGUCUGCACACACACUGUUGUCAGCUACGCUGAAGUACGAGCAGAACAACGGCGAGAGCUCGGAAUCAAAGACUCUCCCCCUGAGGUCACAGCCGACAAGUCCCAGGACUUGGGCUCCGAGUCGCAGCUCAACGCCUCCAGCCUGAAAGAAGCUCUGGAGCGUUUCAACCGCAGCCGGACCCCGUCGGCCUCGUCGCGCAGCUCGCGCAAAUCCUCCCACACUGCCGUCUCUGACCCGGCCUCUUCGCAGAUGAAGAUGCAGGGAGAUAGAAGUACUCCAGGCCGACAGUCCGUCUCUGCCGUGGAAAUGACAUCGCAGCGGAGAUCAUCAGUCAGCAGCCAGUCGAUGAGCUCCCAAAACACGGGCCAGAACGGGGCGCCCUCCAUGAUUUCACAGCAGUCUCAGCAGCAGCCUCAGCAACAGCUUCAAAACAACCAAUCGGUGCAGUACUCCAACCAGCUGGAAGCCAUGCAGCACCUGAAGGAUCAGCUGGAGAAGAAGACCAGGAUGAUCGAGGACAACAUUCAGCGGCAGCUGGAUGAGCUGCGGCAGAUCCAGGUGGAGCUGGAGAGGGUCCAGGGGCAGAGUCUGCAGAUGUUCCAACAGAAAGGGGAUGAAGGACAGAACCUCAGCUCAGCGGCUCAUACUCCUCAUGGCACUGCUGGUCAGCAGGGGGCGACACUGAGCAUGCAAGGGCAGAUGUUCCCUCCAGCAGCUCUACAGAACAACUUGGCACAGCAGCAGGCGGUCCAAACCCAAACCCAGUCCCAGCAGCAGACACUUCUGAGGGACCAGAGCACAGUGCUGUCACAGCGCUCAACACUAACUCUGCAGCCUCAACAGAAUCCUUUCCCCGGCUCCAUCUACAACACUAUGAUGAUACCACAGCAGAGUCCAGCUAACAUGGUUCAGAUUUCCACAAGCCUGGCACAAAACACUGGACCCAGCAACCCUGCCGUGGCAACAUUUGCACAGGACCGUUCUGCUCAGAUAAGGUUUCCCACAGCUCCUCAGCUGCUGACUAAGCUGGUCACAGGACAGAUCCCAAUGGGGGCGGUCAUGGUCCCCACAUCCAUGUUCAUGGGUCAGGUGGUGACGGCCUUCGCUCCCCAGCAGGGCCAGACUCAGACCAUCAGCAUUUCUCAGCAGCAGGAGCAGCAGCAGCAGGUUCAGCUGCAGAACCAGGUUUCAGCGCUGCAGGCGGGUCAGGGUCCUCUGGCCGCGCAGCAGCCACAGUUUCUGCAGGCUCCUCGGCUCCUUCAUGGGAACCAGUCGGCCCAGCUCAUCCUCCAGGCAGCGUUCCCUCUGCAGCAGCACAGCACCUUCGCUGCAGCGGCGCAGCAGCAGCAGAAACAGCAGCAGCAGCAGCAGCUGGCUGCUCACCGGUCAGACGGUCUGUCUGACCGCCCGUCCACUCAGCCUCAGUAGCUGACUGACGUAAGAUCAGCCAAACUAAGACACGCAGGUCUUUUCACACAAGUGUCAUUUUAAGUUCUGCAGAAAACACUGAGGAGGGUCCUGCCUCUGAAGCAGAGAACAGACUGACUUUGCAGCCUGGCUUCUCAUAAGGAUAUCUUCUGUUUGUACAAAAAAAACAACAACAAUAUAAAAGAAAAACCUCCAGAUGGGAUGAGUUCAGCGGAGAACCAGGACUGGACUUGCUGCGACUAACUGGAGUUAAAGAUUUUACCGUCGGCAUCUUCAAACAGAUCAGGCAGUUUGAAUAUAUUGUAUUAUUAUUUUUGCUCUUUUUGUUUUUCUAUAUAAAAAUAAUUAUGGGUCAGAAAAUAUUUUUAUGAAUGUGGUGUAGAUGGCAGUUUAACUGUACAGAAUAUCGUGUAAUAUAUGAUGUAAAUAUACAGAAAAAGAAAGACCUAAUAUUUUAUAUGAUGCAUGAAAUGCAUAGUUGUUCUUUGCAGCUUUGAAUAAUACUGGGUUCUUUUUUUCCCCCCAA